AUGGCGAAAUCUGGAUCAACCUCUGUCUCUGUCUCUGCAAAGGUUCACCCUUCCGUGGAUCCUGAUCAGAGACGUCAUCCCUUCUCUCUUUUUCUUCCUCAACCACUAAACCCAAUGCCCCAAUUUGUAAAUUUUCGAUUUUUGUCACGCUUCCACCCACCCAAAACCCUUCCUUUCUCCACCCACGGAAUGGGCAUGGGCAUGGGAAUGGCCGAUAUCCUCUGUACCCAUCUCCACCAGAACAAUGGCAGUGUUGAGAAUUCAUUGUCUAAGGUCAAAGCUAAACUCGACACUCAAUGUGUCAUCCAAGUCCUCAACUCCUGUCAUCCCAAGCAACCUCUGUUGGGUGUCAGAUUUUUCGUUUGGGCAGGAUUUCAAUCUGGCUAUAGGCACAGUGCUUACAUGUACAACAAAACUUGCAAAUUGCUGGGGAUUCAGCACAGUCCCCAAAUUAUUCGGGAUGUAGUUCAGUCUUAUGAGGCUGAAGGGUGUUUAGUCACUGUCAACAUGUUCAGAGAGGUGUUGAAGUUGUGCAAAGAAGCUCAGCUAGCUGACGUGGCAUUGUGGGUGUUGAAGAAGAUGGAGCAGAGUUUCAACCUUCAUGCUGACACUGUGAUGUACAAUGUGGUUAUAAGGCUGUGUUGCAAGAAAGGUGACAUUGAAACGGCUGAGAAGUUGACCAGGGAGAUGAGUUUGGAUGGUCUUUAUCCUGAUCUUAUUACGUACAUGGCAAUAGUCGAGGGAUUCUGUAAUGCGGGUCGAUCUGAGGAUGCUUACUCUGUGCUUAAGGUUAUGAGAGUACAUGGAUGUUCCCCCAAUUUGGUCAUUGUAUCAGCCAUUUUAGACGGCUUGUGUAGGUCUGGAUCUAUGGAAAUGGCAUUGGAGUUGUUGGAGGAAAUGGAGAAAGGUGGGGAUUGUAGUCCAAAUGUUGUUACUUAUACAUCUGUGAUCCAAAGUUUCUGUAAGAGAGGUCAAUGGGCGGAAGCAUUGGAUAUUCUGGAUAGAAUGAAAGCUUUAGGGUGUCAGGCAAAUCAUGUUACUGUUUUUACUUUGGUUGAAAGCCUUUGUGUUGAGGGUCGUGUGGAAGAAGCUUACAAGUUGAUUGAUAAGUUUGUGGUUGAGCAUGGUGUUUCUUAUGUCAAUUGUUGCAGUGCACUCGUGAUUUCUUUGAUAAGGAUUAAAAGGCUGGAAGAAGCAGAGAAGCUCUUCAAGGAAAUACUUUCUGGUGAUGUCAGACCAGAUACUUUGGCAUCUAGCCUUUUGCUAAAGGAGCUUUGUAUGAAGGACCGUGUAUUGGAUGGAUUCUACUUGCUUGAAGCCAUCGAGAAUAAGGGAUGUUUGUCUUCCAUUGACUCUGAUAUUUAUUCUAUUCUUUUAAUUGGGCUUUGUCAAAGGAGCCACCUGACGGAGGCCACAAAGUUGGCUAAGAUAAUGCUUAAGAAAUCAGUUCCGCUACAACCUCCGUACAAAGAUGGUGCAAUCGAUAUCCUUUUAAAAUCUGGGGAAAAAGAUCUUGUGAACCUGAUGAAGGGCAUACAGAAGGGAGUUUGA